CUCAAUCUCCAUUUAACAAGCUAACAAUCACACUAUUAUAUAAACUGUAUCAAUCCAUCAAAGUACAAUUCUCCAUAACCAUCUAGUAUCUUUUGUCCCUGAUUUCUUUCUUCUUUCAGAAAAUUUCAGCAUGAAAACCAUCCUUCAAUUAACUAUGGGCCUGAUUCUUCUCGUGGGCCUCGCCGAAUGCGAUCCAGACCCGCUUCAAGACUACUGUGUUGCAUCCACUCAAACUCCUCCCAGCUUCUAUGGCAAUGGUGUACCAUGCAUCCACCCACAACUAGCAAAGUCAUCACAUUUUGCCACCUCUUCUCUAUCAAAACCUGGUAACACUGAUAAUCAAUUUGGUUUCAACAUUUCGAUGACCAACACGACGAAUUUACCCGGGAUGAACACAUUGGGCUUGGCCAUGGCCAGAUUGGACAUUGGGCCAGAUGGUAUCGUGCCGCUACAUUCACAUCCUAGGGCCUCAGAAGUGACCAUUUUGCUAAAGGGCACCCUGUUUGUGGGCUUUGUUGAUGGGUCUAACCGUUUGUUCAACAGGCAAUUACGCCCUGGUGAUUCAUUUGUGUUCCCCAAAGGGCUGAUUCAUUACCUCUACAACAUGGACAAAGAUGAAGCAGCAUUGGCGCUUUCUGGAUUCAGCAGCCAAAAUCCAGGUUUACAAAUCUCCUCUUUUGCUUCUUUUGUAUCUAAACCAGGAAUCCCAGAUGAAGUUCUUGAGAAAUCAUUCAAGAUACAUAGUCCCGAUGUGGCCAAGAUUCGAAGGAACCUCGGAGGAUGAUUGUUUAUUCUUGGAAGUGAAGUUUGUUCUAUAGUGGUUGGUUCUGUUGGUCGUGGAAUGAAGCUUAAGUUUGAUCUUUGGCACCUAAAAAAACAGUUACAUACCAACUACUGGAAGAAGUUCGGUUGUGUGAAACAGGAUAUAUAUAUAUCAUUAGUGUAUUUGUACCCUAAGUUGGCCUCUGUCCAACUGUCACACACAUAGUCAAAUAGUUACAACUCACAUGUAUAGUUACACUUUUUUUUUUAAAAGCUCUUUUUUUAUCCGAAUCGUCGAAAAAUGUCCAAUUGUUUUCGUGCAAUUGAUGGAUGGCGAAAUUUGUGCUGGAGAUGAUAAAUGUAAAUAUACUCUAGUAGAUUACAUAAAUGAUGUAAAACAAAGUGUACGCAUCAUGCGGUGAUUGAAGACGGAUUGAUAAAACUGAAAGCAGCAAAAAAAUAAAAUAAAAUAAAAUAAAACUGAUUUUGACUUUUAUUACAAAAACAAAUCCAGAAGGGAUGAUUCGCAAAUUCACACUGAUGAUUGUUAUGAGCUGUCAUGGAAUGAAGGAAC